AUGCCAACUAAUACAACAAACCUGAUUUUAUCACUAAACAAUAUGUCAACACAGUUAAAUCGUUAUUGUUCAGUAUUUAUUUUUAUUUUUGGUGUUCUUGGUAAUAUUCUUAAUUGUAUUGUUUUAUCUCAACGACCACUUCGAAAAAAUCCAUGUUCAUUUUUCUUUCUUAUAUCAUCAAUGGCAAAUCUUACUUCUAUUUUAUCUGGUUUAACAACACGAAUGUUAGCAGGCUAUGCUGUUGAUUUAACAAAUACAAUCGAUUGGCUUUGUAAACUUCGUGUAUUUGUUUUAAUGGUUUCAAGAACUAUUGCUUUGUGGUUAAUAGCAUUAGCAAGUGUUGAUCGAUGUCUUUUAUCAUCAGCUAAUCAACAAUAUCGAAAAAUGAGUUCAUUAAAGAAUUCAUAUAGAAGUAUAUUUAUUAUCAUAUUAUUUUCAAUUCUAUUAUAUGUUCAAUUAAUUUAUUGUUAUCAAGCAAAUUUAACUCAAACACCAUUGAAAUGUUAUGGAAAAACAGAAAUAUGUCGUAUGACAACUGAUUUCUCAUAUGCACUUAUCACUGUUGUAAUACCAAUAAUUGUUAUGAUUACAUUUGGUCUAUUGACAAUAUCGAACGUGCAAAAUUCACGUCGUCGUGUGUUUACAAUAACAGCAACACAAUUCUCACAUAAUGGUCCAAAUCAAUCAGAACGAUGGAGAAAGACGGAUUCUUAUUUACUAGUUAUGCUUCUUGUGCAAACAGUUCUUUAUUGUUUUUUUACACUUCCACAAGCAAUACAAAAAAUCUAUUCAACCAUGACUGAAAGUCAAAUAAAAUCUUCUUUACAAAAUGCCAUUGAAAAUCUAGGUUUUAAUAUAUUACUUCUUUUAACUUAUUUCUCAAGUGGAAUGCCAUUUUAUAUUUACACAUUAUGUGGUGGAAAGAUAUUUCGUCAAACAUUACUUGAUGUCUUUAAAAGUAUUUGUAUGAGAUCUAAAUAA